AUGGAUCUUUCUCCCAAGACAAACGUGGAAAUUGAUGGAGAAACCUUCGACCUUCUUACCCUUCCAAGUCCAAACAGUGUCAAGGUGCUAAUGGCUAAAAGCGAUCUACUUACUUCACUCGAUCUUGCAAGCCUUGCGGAUGACCUUGGAAAACUUGGUAGCUUUAUUCGUGUGGCGUACAAUGGUGUAGCAGGCAACACUGAGAUACAGAUUAAAGUACAGAAAGUUGGCUACAAGAUCACACACCUGGCUGACCAAUCGGCCGUCACUGUUCACAACUUUAAGAGAGCUUCGAACGAUGUAAUUCAGGAGAUCCGAGGCGCCUAUCAGUACUUGCUGGAUGGAUUGGAAGAGAUGGCGAUGGAAACUCUCUCGCAGUUGACUGACGUGGCGAAAGAAAUGGCCACGGCGGCGGAGAAGCUGCACGAUGACUUUGAGGAGGUAAAAAAAGAUGCAAUUGAUGCCCUACAAGAUACCCAGAGAGCAAAGGGCACUCAAGAGGAGAGAAAGAGAGCUCUUUUGAGAGAAAGAAAAGAAUUUGAAAUGCAGAAACAGAAGGCGCAAACGAUAGAGAAGAGAGCACUCGAAGCUGAAGACAAGGCGAGUGAGCUUUAUACCCAGGCUGAAAAAAGACAAGAAAAAGUGUUUGACAAGCAGGGCAGCAUAUUUGCAGCAUUGGCAGAUGGUUUGAUGAGUAUAGUGGGUGCUGUUAAGGCUGGACUAGGAGGAGAUUUUAAAGAGAUGAUGGAAAAACUGGAGAGCUUAGGCGACCAGUCAAGGUACAAAGAGGCCAUGAAAAUGGCAAACGAAGAAAAGAUGAAACACCUGGAUGAAAUGCAGAAGCAACGAGACAUGCGUCGAGACGCCCUUCUUCAGUGCAUAGAGUUCACAGAGAAGAUAAAGAGUUGCCGAGAUGAUGACGCUUUAGCAGAUGCCGCCAUCAACGCCUUGCACAACUCCAUUGGUGCUCUUAAAUCUCUCUCUGCCAUUAUGAUGAAUGCAGCCCAGUUCUGGCAUCAGAUGCAGAGCUCCUUCGGGUCUUUAGCGAAAGGGAACGUGCAACGGUUAGUGAAAUGUGCCAUGAAGGGGCCUGAAGAAACACGGCUGGAAGUUUGGACAGGGGAUCCUUUCAAAAGAAAAGUCCUGCGGGAAUAUAUCAAGUGGCUUGCUAUUGUUGGAGUGUGCGAAGAGUACAUGAAACAGAUCAAGGAAACUAGAAAAGAUCUUUACUCCUACCUGACAGAAAAUCCUACCAUCGAAGAGGCGAAGAAGAAUGUGCGCAAGCUAGCCGACAAGUUAGCUGCUGACUUGAAGAAAGCGAAUGAAGAGUUGGCAGAGAAGGAAAAGGAGGCACAAGAAGAGAGGAAAUCACUCGAGGACUCUAAAUAAAGGUGACACAACAAGCGUAUUUCCUCAUUGUGUAGUCGGACGUGUAGGUUAUAAAUGCUUCAUACAAUUUAUCGCCGAAGCGUAUUUACUCAUUGUAUAAUCGGACUUGUAGGUUAUAAAUGCUCCAUACAAUUUAUCGCCGAUUUUUGGUUUUAUCUCUGAAAUUUGGUUUAGUAAGCUUCAUGCUCAAAGUUGUUGUGGUUAGUUGGUUCUAUAGUUCCUGUUACAGAAUAAUGGCCUUGCUAUGAUAUUAACUUUCCCUGGAUUCCACCUUACGUGACUCCUGAGUUAAACCUUUUAGAACAAGUAUGAAGUUUUUUCAUUUAAAUGUAUCUAUCGUUUGAUCUUUUUAAUGACAUUGUUCUUGACAUUAAUCGCAAGCUCGCA